AUGCCGCCGUCUGUCGGUGUCGCUUGUCUGUACAGCGGAGCCCCUGCUGUUGUUGGUGCUUCAUGCCUGAUCACGCUCGGGCUGGGAUUCGCGGUGCGGAACGCAGCUGCUGCCGCCCGCUCGGCGAUCUCUCUAUUCUCCGAUGGCAGCACGGCCGUGCUCCCUCUUACCCUCGCACAGUGGGCGUCCGCCGUCAAGGAUUGUGUUGCCGGUGCUGUGUACCCGGAGACGUCCUGCGACCACGACGUGCACCAAGACACCUCGAAGGCGGGCGCGUCCUCGCCAACAUCCUGCGCACGUACGGCGGAACGCCUUCCGCUCGAGCCCUCAUCUUCCGCCCGGGCGCAGAUGUGA